AUGUCGGAUAGUAAGCACUUACCUACUCACUUGUUCCUUGAGCGGGCAAGAGAAUUUGUGGAAGUAGCCAACAAUACGCAGUCGUCCCUGAAUAUGACAAUGAAGCGGGCUAUUGAGCACGAUCCAGUGGAGAAAAACCAGGUAUAUGACGCUACCAACCAGCCGCUGGCAGACGUGUCUUGUAAAUCUGGGCUUGUGGCCACUAACCAGAAGGAAUAUCCUCUGCUAGUGAGGCUCACGUGCGGGUCACGGGAAAAGAAACUCAAGUGCUCAAGCUUGGUGCGUGCAGAUGAACUUGACAAGUUCUGGCAGGACUACGUGGCGGUACUCAAGGGCGGGAUGUCCAACUUAGUGAAGACAAAGAAGAAGAAGGUUAAGACAAAGGGGAAGAAGGCGGGGGUGAAAAAGUGA